UCUCCCAGAAGCCACAGGCACUUUCAGAUGUGACUCUGAAACCACUACAGCAGCAUCAUAACAAGCUGUCCUUUUGUUGAUGCUCUCAGUCUGAGUGAACUACAUGGCUUCACAAAAUGCAACACAGCAUUCAUGGAAUACAGACUGGACUAUCAUUGUGGUUGUAUUUAUGUAGUCUUCUUAAAAUGCAAGUUAAGAGAAAGACUGGUUGAGCAUAGAUAUGCCAUCAGGACACCAACUCCCCUUAAAGUGACAGUCUGGGUUCUUACCCAUGUAGUGGGAUUUGCUGCUCCAUGCCAGUGUGAUCCAUCCACAGUCACACUCCUGGUGAAGCUCUUGUUCUCGUGACAGGGGAGGAGUUAAUGGACCAAACUUGGUGGAUGUCUUUCACUCGCACUGACCAACAAAUACCACUACAGGGUGUUUGUUUGUACUUCAGUGCUCACAUUACUGAUGUUAUCCUCAAAAAUGUCAGGGACAGAGCUGCCAUGCACUUAAGCAAACCAAUGUUCACUAAAAGAGAAAGAUGUAAAGAAAGUAAAAAAAAAAAAAAAAAAAAAAUUACAGCAGUUCCAUUCACUGACUGUAGCUCAUGCCAAAUGUAUCCCAAAUGUUUUUUGCUGCUCUUGGAUACAACUAAAGACUUUUCUGAAUUCACUGACCAGAGCGUUUUGUCUGUCUGUCCAAGCUUGGACACCUCUAGUCUUUGGAUGGAUGUGUUUGUUGCUUAUGAUGUCACAGAGAUAACAGUGACAGAAUCAUGGAAUUCUGGAAUUCUGCACGGAGACUUUGGCAACAGGAAAAAAAAAAUGUUUAUUUCCUGUCUUCUGAUUGUCCGUUUCUCCACACUGACUCUGCUGUUCAGUAAAAUGGCAACAAAGGGUGACAAUAACCCAGCUCCCAUACAUGUUCACCCGCCUGCCAUUGCCAACAGCAUCUCGUCAACGGACACUAACCAGGAGUUUGCUGCGUCCUUCAUACAACAGACUGUGGACAACAGACAGACUGUGGACAGCAGACAGACUGGGGACAACAGACAGACUGUGGACAACAGACAGAGGUGCCAGCCUCCCCUGCCUUGUGGCAAACUUUUGAGCGGCUCAGUUCUGGACCAGGCACUGCAGCUGGGCCUGCCGCGCCACCUGCUGCUGCAACAUGUCAGACACAGAAGUCAGACCAGCGGCUCCAAGUACAGUACCAUCCAGGAGCUGCUGUCUGACAUGUUGGAGCCGCCCAGGUCCCCCUUUGGUCCAGAACCUGAGGUGCCCAUGCUGACAAACCAGCUGGAGGACACACUGAGGGAGAUGGAGAGGCUGCAGGCCGGGCUCUUUGUCCCAAAUCAUGGAGAAAACAGAAGGCACCGGUGUUAAAUCAGGACAGAUGAUAUCCUCACUGAGAAUGCUUCUCUAUCACCAUCCAGAGAAACUUACUCUUGAAAAACAUAGUAAUGACGAUAAUAAUAAAACAUAU